AUGAGGUUCUGUUUUAGGAAAACCCAGCUGUUCUCAACUCUUGUCGUUCUGCUCAUUUUGUUUUCUUGUCUACAACUUGGAGAAAUGAGGCAUUUGAAAGCAGAGCAAUGGGCUAAGAACCAUGGUCUUGCUCUUGUGUCUCAGUACCUCGCUAGGGGUAAAGCGCCCCCAUCUGGCCCCAAUCCCUGCACCCACAUUCCCGGCCGCGGCUCGGGUAUUUGCACCUGA